CUGCUAAUGGAAAAGUCAGUUUUCAUUUGUAAAAUUAAGUACCUCCAAUGUAAGAAAAAAUGUGCCCCUCAGGGGCACGUAAGGCAAGUGGCUCCUCUUCACCACUCAAAUAUCCUAAUUAAAGGAUUCAAGUUUUGAGAUCUAAAUAAUGAGUUUUGCUGACCAAGACUUACUGGGCCAGGCUUUUGAAGACGCGCUAGAAGUACUGCAGGAGCACUCUGACAGAGAAAUGCCCUAUUCACCAGGUUAUAAAAAUUGCCUGACUGUGAUCAACCAUCACCACCACCUCCGAGCAAGUCCCAGCUACUCUGCAGCACCAUCUACAGAAGACCAAGGGUAUAGCUGGAGAAAUGUGGUUAACAGUGCAGGGGAUUUUUACACAGAUGAGACUGUCUACCAUACGCUGCAGAAUACUCCAGAAAGCCAAGUGAUGCAUGCUGCUGCUGGCCAGCCAAAAGCAGGGAAAGGUAGAAAAAAACUUCGACUGUUUGAGUACCUCCACGAGUCUCUGUAUGAUCCAGCUAUGGCAAACUGCAUCCAAUGGGUGGAUAAGCCCAAUGGUGUCUUUCAGUUUGUCUCCAAAAACAAGGAGAAACUUGCAGAGCUGUGGGGAGAAAGAAAGGGAAACCGCAAGAUCAUGACAUAUCAGAAAAUGGCCAGAGCAUUGAGGAAUUAUGGAAGAACGGGUGAAAUCAUUAAAAUUCGAAGGAAGCUGACAUACCAGUUCAGUGCUGUUGUUUUACAGAGACUUGCUCCAUCUUACUUCUUGGGAAAAGAAACAGUUUAUCAUCCGUACAUUCAGUCUAACCAAGAAUAUCAGUGUGCAGAUGACUGGAUCAGUUACAACAACUACAUGUAUAACAAUGGUUAUGCAUUACAGCAUGCUAACAGCUAGGCACGUCCUUCACAUAAACAGGCCUUUGUCAGCUAGUAAUACUUUCCAGCACAGGAACUCUUUUCUGUACAUAGCUUUUCCUUUAAGGUACCAUACAAACACAUGAAGAGGAGGGUUUUAAAAAUGAUGUUGGCCUAGUUUUGCUCCUUUGAAGUUAAUGAUAAAUGGUCAUUGACUAUUGAAGAAAACCAGCAGCUGUAGGGGACGUUCUAUUCUCCAUGACAUUAAUCAGAGGAAUUACUUCAGAUUCAAGCUGGUAUAUCCAAGAUCAGGAUCAAGACUUUUGUCUGUUAGUGGACAUCAAAGACCCCACCCUGAUAAUACUCAUUGGAAGUUUUAUGCAUAUCCCAAACUUUUCCAAUCAGAAUUUAGUGCAUGUAUUCUCUAUCCAUUGGGUGCAUGUGAAUUAGAAAGAGAAGAGAUUUGCCAACUGCAUGAAGCUACUGUCUGCUUUUUCAUCAAUGUUCUUUAUUAAGAGACAUUUUCUGAGUGAAUGCCUGGCUGAACAAUAGAGUCCACAUGAAGGCGCACCUGUUGGCUAAGUUGUUAAUCCUUGAUCACUUAAAUUAACAUAUCUUAGCACAGACCCUGACAUAUGGUAUUAGGAUUGCCAGGUGCACAUUUCACUGCUGGCAGUGGAUUCACUGGGCAAGUGACCAUACCAUGAGAGGGUUAGUAAAGGAUUAUGCUUUUCAUGAAGUUAUUUACAGUUCUUCUCCCACUAAUAUGAGAAGCUGCACUUUCACCCACAAGUUCUGUACUCACCUAA